AUGUGGAGGUCGGCAAUUCGUAGCUAUAAUUCCCUCCGAAACGUAUACAGUCCGACUAUACAUUUCAACCGUACCGCAGCAAUGGGCCAUUCUGAUGGUAAAUUAAAGGGAAAAGUUGCAGUUGUCACGGCCUCGACAGACGGCAUUGGAUUUGCCAUCGCCAAGCGCCUGGCAAGAGAGGGAGCCAAAGUGGUUGUAAGCAGUAGAAAGCAAAACAAUGUUGACAAUGCAGUUGCGAAACUCAAAGCUGAGGGACAUACAGUUACAGGUGUUACUUGCCAUGUCGCGAAAGCAAGUGACAGGCAGAACUUGCUGCAAGUGGCAGAUUCAAAUUUUGGUGGAAUUGAUAUAAUCGUCUCAAAUGCAGCUGUAAAUCCAACUGUGAGCCAAGUUCUAGAGUGCCCUGAGGAAGUAUGGGACAAAAUAUUUGAAGUUAAUGUGAAAGCUGCAUUUCUGCUAUCAAAAGAAGCAUUGCCUUACUUAAGAAAGAGAGGUGGAGGAUCAAUAAUUUAUAUAUCAUCCAUUGCUGGAUAUCAACCUCUAGGUUUGCUGGGAGCAUACUCUGUUAGCAAAACUGCUCUUCUGGGUCUGACAAAGGCUGCUUCAGUAGAUUUGGCAAAAGAUAAUAUCAGAGUGAAUUGUGUUGCACCAGGAAUUGUUAAAACAAGAUUUUCAAGCGCUCUUUAUGAAAGUGAAGAAACCAAUGAAAUUACACUUUCACAGAUCCCAAUGAGGAGACUUGCACAUCCUGAUGAGAUAUCUGGAAUUGUAUCAUUUCUGUGUUCUGAGGAUGCCUCUUACAUAACAGGAGAAACUAUAAUUGCUUCUGGUGGAAUGCCAUCAAGAUUAUAACAUACAAUGUGAAAGACUGUACUUUACAACUGUAUGAUAUUAUUGAGGGUGAAUGGUACAUUAAAAUCUCCAUUUUUUGAGGAUAUAAAGGAGUUUGUGUCAGUCAGGGUUAAUGUUUAUAAAAAUGUCUCAGUGCAAUAUUUUUUUAAAUCGUGAGUGUAUGUGAAGCAGUGAUUAUUUUGUAAAUUCAGUGAUUACUUCGUAAAUUUUAGAAACUGGGUGUAUGGAAUUGGACAUAUGUAUUAGUAAUGUAUAUAUGUAACCAUGACAGUAUAGUGAAACAUUGAAUUAAAUGAACAAAUCUUGCCAUUAUAAUUGUAUUAAAGACUAAUUUUCAACUAAAACAUUUAUGGCAGUACUAUCCUUAACUUGAAAACUGGUGGAAAAUUGACACACACAUGAGAUCUAAAUGUAAUGAAUUACCUAUGAGUUCCUGUAAUUUUGUUUGGUAUCUACAUACAGCUAUAUUUCUUCUUGAUAUCAAAAAGUUUUAGUCUUUUUCCGCUGUUCCAGGGAUCUAUUUUCUUACCUUAUGUAAAAAAAAAUUGCACUUACAAAUAGUGAAAAAUCCAGGAUGUAAUAUAAAAAAGAUAGAUUGGUUCUCACCAUACAGGGGAGAUUUAGAAUAAAUUUCUUUCAUUUCCAAUGAUCAUAA